AUGGGCUGUUGCGGGGGCCGCGAGGAGGAGAUCAGGCUCAGAGAAGAGCAGAAGUGGGAUUACAUCUCCUGCUGGAUUCCUGUCACGUAUGCGAUCCUAUACAUCAAUGUGUUGCUCUCCAUAGCGGUCUACGCGCUCGACACCUUCACGGCCGUCAACUUGCUCGCCUUCUCCCGUUGGUCCAGCCAGAUCAAGCCAGAGAUCCCGCUGGAUAUCUCCAAGUGGAUCUUCGCCGGCUGCAUCAUCUUCUCGCUCGUGCUGCUGGUCUACCGCUGGUUACGUGCAAUUAGGGUCAUCAACUCUGGUGGUGUUGCGCAAUGUUAUCUUGACCCCAUCGCCGUCAAGGUACAGAGUAUCCGCACAAGCAAACGUGUCUCUGGCUGGAGACGGUUCCUCGUCUUCGCCGAAUUGACAAAGAGUAGGAAGGGAGCAGACUACGUCGCAAUUUUCACCUACUUCAACUUCGAGGCAUGGUUGAGAGUGAUAUUUGCUCAAGGCCCACGCCAGGUCAUCAACGGUAUCACGCUCUACUCUGUAGCACGGCUCAAUCUCAUCCCGGUUGGCAAGCACGCUGCGCCUCCGGGGACUCUGGCCAUCACCCAGUUCUUUAUCAACAUCGAAGCAUUGGCCGAAAAGGACACGCUGCAGGCUCUCAUUCUCUUCUCCAUGCUCUUCACCCUCGUCAUCUGGGCAUUCGAGUUCCUCAGCUUCUGCGUCUCCGUGCUUCUCUAUCUGCUCUUCCUCUGGCACCACAUCCCUUCAGAGGACGGCACCCUCUCGGCCUACUGUCGCCGUAAGAUCAACCGACGUCUCGAGCGUAUCGUCAAGAAGAAGGUCGACAAGGCACUCACCAAUGCGGUCGUCCUGCAAGAUCGGAAACGCACAAACACCGACCUCGAGACCGGGGUGACCUCCGUCAAACGUAGCGCAACCCAACCCACUCUCCCUUCUGUCAUGGACCCCAAGCAGCCACAGCAGCCGACACUGCCCGAGUUACCACCUCUCUCGCGCCAGACGACCGUCACCACAUUGCCGCCAUAUAGGCCCCAGACUUCCAACACAGAUCGACCACCACCUCUGCCGGAGGUUGAAUGGGACGGCUACCACCACGACCAUGACCAUGGCCAAUAUGACCACGACUACAAUGAUCAUGACCAGCAUUGUGAGCAUGUCAUGACUUCAUCCAGCACGUUAUAUAACACGCGAUACUCAGACGACGCCUCUGCGUCCUUGGUGAACAAUGCAAGUGGAAUAGCCUACACUCAGCCAUCGCAGUAUGGCCAUAACUUGCACCAGCAACUCUCCCAACGUGACCCGAUGCAGCGUGAAUAUACAAGGACUCCUAUGCUACCGCCCAUAGAACGAUACGGUACUCCGCUGUCCGUCUCUACAGGCGCCAUGUUCAACGCUCAGGGCAUGGGUCAAGGUCGCCGUACACCAGGACCCCAGAUGCCAGCUCCUGGCCCAGGCACACGUACACCGGGGCCAAUGGCAAUGACUCCAGGACCCGGCCCUCGCACUCCAGGGCCACAUACCCCUGGACCCGGCUCAACGGCGGGCGGUCAGACCCCUUCUAACCAUAACCAACAAGCCUGGGAUGCUCCAGAAAUGCCCGAUCUCCCAGCCUUACACAACCCUGAACCAACACUUCCCUCUAUAUCUCGUCCUGGCACUGCCUUCGCUCCUCCCCCGCCCAUGUCUACACCUGCACCGUCAUUCAGCCGUGACCGGGAGCGCGAAAGGUACGGCCCAUAUGACGGACCCGCGAUAUCCUCCAUACCAUCAAUGCCGUCUGUCCCUACACCAACACCAAGUGCGCCUCCUACAAACGGUAAUGGUAUGGGUGGAGGACCGUAUCGGAAUUUUACCCGUCCAUCCUUAGCCCCUUACUCUAACCCGGGAAGACAAGAUGUGCCCCAGAGAUCAGAGACUGCGCCUUUGCCUUCCCAUAAUCACGUCCAAGCCCCGAGUCAGAGUCAGAGGCAGUACAGUCAUAGCCAACAAGCCAGCACUCAGCAAAAUGGAUACUACAAUCAAACCAAUAGCCAGGACCAUGGGCAGCAGCAGCAACCACAACAUCAUCAAUAUACUAGCACACAGGAUGGGUCAUAUCCCAACUUUAACCCAUGA